CAGAUGUGAAAUGUUUUUCAGCUAGAAAUUUUGGGUGAUUUUCAGGUGAAUCGGACGUUUCUGAUCCCUGUUUAACACAAUGUCCACUCAAAUCAAUUGGUUCGGUGUCAGGGUUUGUAUAUUCAUGUCACUUCUAUCUUUCGAGGCAUUGUCAUACACUAAUGACCUUGAAGUUCAAACUCUGAGAGAGAUGUACAUGGCCAUGGGCAGUCCACCCCAGUUGGAUAACUGGAACCUCAAUGAUGGUCACUCCGACCCAUGCAAGGAAGCAUGGAGAGGAGUUGGAUGCUCAGGACCUGUGGUGACUCAAAUUAAUCUCAAAGGUCUAAACCUCACGGGCGUAGUAGCAUACCAUAUAUUCAAUCUGCAAAGCUUGACGCAUUUUUUCAGGUAGAACUUGAAGGUUGCUGCCAUCGCUCGUUGCUUCGGGGAGAUCAAGGGAAGAAGACGUAGUUCGUGCUUCUUCCGUUUCUGUUUUGAAAACAAUUUAAAUAAUGCUCAUGGAUAUUUUAUUCAAAUAAUUACUUGGGGGCUUGUAUGCCCAUGUUUGCCAAGUGUGGCAUAAACUCUUGUAUUAAAUGUUUCCGCUGCAUUAAAUGAAUAUUUUACAUUAUGUUGUUUA